AUGGCUCUUAAUCGAACUCACACUGGCGAAAAACCUUACGAAUGUGACGUGUGUCAACGUCGAUUUAAUAAGAGCUGUAGUUUAAAAGCACACCGUAGAACUCAUACUGGCGAAAAACCUUAUGAAUGUAACGUGUGUCAACGCAGAUUUAAUGAGAGGUUUAGUUUAAAAACACACCUUAGAACUCAUACUGGUGAAAAACCUUAUGAAUGUGACGUGUGCCAACAUCGAUUUGUUCAGAAGAGUGAUUUAACAAAACACAAGAGAACUCACACUGGCGAAAAACCUUAUGAAUGUGACGUGUGUCAACGCAGAUUUAAUGAGAGGAGUAAGUUAAAAAGACACAUUAGAACUCAUACUGGUGAAAAUCCUUAUGAAUGUCACGUGUGUCAACGCAGAUUUAAUGAGAGGAGUAAGUUAAAAGGACACCUUAGAACUCAUACUGGUGAAAAACCUUAUGAAUGUGACGUGUGUCAACGCAGAUUUAAUGAGAGGAGUAAGUUAAAAAGACACCUUAGAACUCAUACUGGUGAAAAACCUUAUGAAUGUGACGUGUGUCAACGCAGAUUUAAUGAGAGGAGUAAGUUAAAAGGACACCUUAGAACUCAUACUGGUGAAAAACCUUAUGAAUGUGACGUGUGUCAACGCGGAUUUGUUCAGAAGGGUGAUUUAACAAAUCACAGGAGAACUCACACUGGCGAAAAACCUUAUGAAUGUGACGUGUGUCAACGUCGAUUUAAGGUGAAGAGAUAUUUAACAAGACACCAUACUGCGUCAGCUGACACAUCGGGAGCUGACAAACGGCAACCAGGUGCAGGAAGUACAACCAACAGGACACAGCGCGAGUCUCGACGAGAGUCAGCGUCACGGAGUGGUCAGGGUCCACUCCAAUGUGAUGUUUGUGAUAGACGUUUUAAAUUUAAAUCAGAUUUUGACCGACAUUAUAGAACUCACACUGGCGAAAAACCUUAUGAAUGUUACGUGUGUCAACGCAGAUUUAAUGAGAGGAGUAAGUUAAAAAGACACCUUAGAACUCAUACUGGUGAAAAACCUUAUGAAUGUGACGUGUGUCAACGUCGAUUUAAUGUAAAGAGUAAUUUAUUAAAACACCGUAGAACUCACACUGGCGCAAAACCUUAUGAAUGUAACGUGUCUCACCGCAGAUUUAAUACGAGGAGUAGUUUAAAAAGACACGUUAGAACUCAUAUUGGUGAAAAACCUUAUGAAUGUGACGUGUGUCAACAUCGAUUUGUUCAGAAGAGUGAUUUAACAAAACACAGGAGAACUCACACUGGCGAAAAACCUUAUGAAUGUGACGUGUGUCAACGCAGAUUUAAUGAGAGGAGUAAGUUAAAAAGACACCUUAGAACUCAUACUGGUGAAAAACCUUAUGAAUGUGACGUGUGUCAACGCGGAUUUAAUGAGAGGAGUAAGUUAAAAAGACACCUUAGAACUCAUACUGGUGAAAAACCUUAUAAAUGUGAUGUGUGUCAACUCAGAUUUAAUGAGAGGAGUAAGUUAAAAAGACACCUUAGAACUCAUACUGGUGAAAAACCUUAUGAAUGUGACGUGUGUCAACGCAGAUUUAAUGAGAGGAGUAAGUUAAAAAUACACCUUAGAACUCAUACUGGUGAAAAACCUUAUAAAUGUGACGUGUGUCAACUCAGAUUUAAUGAGAGGAGUAACAGUUUUCCCAACGAACGUGUGGACGAAGUUAACGAUGAAGAUAGUGGCUAA